UAUAAAUAGUGUGGGACGUGUGCCGGCCGGUGAUUUCUCUGCAAGACGAUGGCUGUACCGGGACCUCCUCUGCCCCUGCUUCUGUCUCUGUUGCUGCCGCUGCCGCUGCUGCUGAGCAAGGCACCGCUGCCCGCAGCUGCAUACACACUCACUGACGGACGACAGGCGCAGCACAAAGUCCUCCAUCUGGACUGGCCACGCGACUGCGGCAUGCCCCACUUCAAGCCCAACAUGGUUGAGAGGAUCGUGUCGGGGAAUGAAGCCAGACCUCACUCGUGGCCCUGGCAGGUCUCUCUGCAGGUUCGUCCCAGGGGGAGUAAACAUUACAUUCAUGUUUGUGGAGGAACUCUCAUCCAUAAGAACUGGGUCCUUACUGCAGCCCACUGCUUCCAGAAAGGUAAAGCUGAGGAUGCUGGGAGCUGGAGGAUCGUCCUGGGGAAGCACCAGCUGAAGCGCUCGGAGUCAGCGGAGAGGGUUUUCCCCGUCAAGAGGAUCUACCGGCACGAGAACUUCAGAUAUCCCGCUCACAGCGAGCUGGACUACGACAUCGCCCUGGUGAAGGCCGCCACGGACAUCCUCCCUUCAAACUUCAUCCGCUACGCCUGCCUGCCGCGCAAGCAGACCAGCCUCCGACCGGGACACUACUGCUGGGUCACGGGCUGGGGGGACACCCGCGGUGGGAAGGAGAACGUGUCUCUGGCCGAGGCCCUCAACCAGGCCCGUCUGCCCAUCAUAGACUUCAAAACCUGCAAGCAGAAGAAGUUCUGGGGCGACCGCGUCCGAGACUCCAUGAUCUGCGCCGGGUUCAGGGACACGGAGGGCCCCCCCGCCGCGUGUCAGGGCGACUCGGGCGGACCUCUGCUGUGCCAGCUGGCCCAGGACCGCUGGGAGGUGCACGGCGUGGUGAGCUUCGGCCCCAUCGGCUGCACCGUGGAGAACAAGCCCAGCGUGUUCACGCGCACCGCCACCUACAUCCCCUGGAUCGAGGCCACGCGCAUCAGGGACUUCUUCCUGCACUGACCGGGCCGGCCCGACCCAGCCCGACCCUGCAGACGGGAGUUCUGCUCUGUUCAAUGUUUCUCACCGCCACAGCUCAUUCUUGCUCACAAGCACGAUGUAAAUACUUGUUCUGAAUGUGCAACUAGAUAUUUGACAGUAGGCUACGUCACCUGCACAAC